CCCUUCGCUGACUUGUACCACUACAAAGACCGGCUGCUGGCCUACAAGACCGCCGACCCAUCCUCCCCCUAUGCCGCCGUCCGCCGCCGUCACAAUCCGGAAUUCAAUGCUCUUUGUGACAAGCACAUCGACAUUCUGGUCCGCUAUCUGUACGCGCAGGGUUCGAUUGGGCUCAAAGCGGUGGAGGAGCUGUGGCGCCACUCCGUCCCCAAGACGACCUUCAAGAGUCUGUGGCUACUGUUCCCACCCGGAAGCGAGGUCUAUGUGCAGGAUAAGGGCGGGAAGCUCAAUGCUUACAUUGUAGAAGCCUUCGAGGCCGCGCGCAGCUCGGAGAUGGGUAUCUUUGGCGAGGGACAACACCGGACCUUUGCUCGCCCCUGUGAAGUGCGCGUCUGGAAUCUAACCUUCGAUGGGCGGUAUCUCACGCGGUCCCUACGAACCAUCUAUAUCCCUGUCUUCGACGGGGAGCGGGACAUUCGAACCCUGCCCGUGCACCCCGUUCGUUUUGCCGACGACCCCACGGGCGUCCUGUACCGCAAUCUCGUCACCCGGGGCCAGCGAUACGUUCGGAUCAUGAAGAAACCCACCCUCCAGGAGUUCACGGGCCCCAGCACCUUGCAAGGAAUCCGAAGCUUCAAUCGAGCGCGGGUAGUGGUGGACCAUACCUGUCGGCCAUGGACGGAUAUUAAAGGAAGUGAUCAUACUAGUAACCACCAUAUUCCGGCCAAUCGCAGAUUGAUAACCGAGGAGGCAUAUGGGAUGAACGAACUGGUCCUGAAGCUUGGCGAGCGCACGCGCCAUCCCCGCUGUCCCUGCAAGACUUGCGAGUCCACCAGCCUCGGACAGACAGGCACUCCGCUGCGGACCACAUUCGACGACUACGAUGAUAUCGAUCUCAAUGCCGACAAGCCGGUCACAGAGCAUCAGUUAUUCCUCUGCCACUCGCAUGCCUAUGCCUUUGUCCUUCGCGAUAGGCUUUGGGACCUACUGGAUGUCUCGCUUCUGGAGGAUCCAAUUCACAACAAGAAUGUUAUCGACACCCUGGUCAUGAAACCAGAGUCGAACAAGCAGAUGAUCCGGGCUGUCUGCGAGGUCUUCGGUGGCUCUUAUCCACAACUGCCCUUCACCGCCGACUUCAUCGCCGGCAAAGGCGAAGGGCAGAUCAUCUUGCUUCACGGGCCACCGGGGACGGGGAAAACCCUCACAGCAGAAUCGGUGGCAGAAUAUACUGGUCGGCCCUUACUGAGUAUCACUGCCGCGGACCUGGGGCACGAGCCCGAAGUCCUCGAAACCAAAUUGCUCAACUUCUUCCGCGACGCCAACCGAUGGAACGCGAUUGUGCUUCUGGAUGAGGCGGAUGUAUACUUGGAGACCCGGUCCCAGUCCGACCUGAGGAGGAACAGCAUCGUUUCCAUCUUCCUCCGCGUCCUCGAUUAUUUCCAAGGCAUCCUUUUCCUCACGACCAACCGCGUGGGCCGCUUCGACGAGGCUUUCAUGAGUCGCAUCCACGUGCAAAUCGGCUACGACCCGCUCGACGACGCGGCACGCGAACGCAUCUGGGAGAACCACUUCCGCAAGCUCGAGGACAAUCACCGGUCCGGGGGCCCGGAGAUCCUGUGCAGUUAUGCCGCACAGGAAUGCGUCCGUGUCUCUCAGGAGUUGAAAGACUUGAAGUGGAAUGGGCGGGAGAUUCGCAACGCCUUCCAAACUGCCGUCGCGCUCGCGUGCUUCGAGGCGAAAGAACGCCAAGACCCGGUGCCCAAACUCACGGACCGCCAUAUUCGCCAAGUGGUGCAGAUGUCGCGGAACUUCAAGGCGUAUAUGCAUGCCACGCGCGGGCGGAAUAACGAGUCGCAGGUGGCCUUCUUGGAUGGCUUACGCGAUGAUCGCCAUCCCGCCGCCGGCGCGGGGGAAGUUUAG